CUGCCGGAGCGGGGCGCGCGCUUUCGGUAUCUGCGUCGGGGGAGGAGUCUCUUGUCCCUCCGCGCGGCCCGUUCCGCCUCGGCUCCCGCUUCCUUUAGGCUGACGUGUCGGCAGUUCUUCGGGGCCUCUGCGAGUAGGGCCGGGAUGGCGGACGCCUGGGAGGAGAUCAGGCGGUUGGCGGCUGACUUUCAGCGGGCGCAGUUCGCCGAGGCCACACAGAGGUUGUCAGAGCGGAACUGCAUUGAGAUUGUGAAUAAAUUGAUUGCUCAGAAACAGCUAGAUGUAGUUCACACACUUGAUGGGAAGGAAUAUAUUACUCCAGCCCAAAUUAGUAAAGAAAUGAGAGAUGAGCUACAUGUCCGAGGAGGUCGAGUAAACAUUGUUGAUCUACAACAGGUAAUUAAUGUGGAUCUGACUCAUAUUGAAAGUAGAAUUGGUGACAUUGUAAAAUCAGAAAAGCAUGUUCAGCUAGUUCUGGGACAACUGAUAGAUGACAACUAUUUGGAUCGGUUAGCAGAAGAGGUAAAUGAUAAAUUGCAAGAAAGUGGUCAGGUUACCAUAUCAGAACUAUGUAAGACCUAUGAUCUUCCUGGAAACUUUCUGACACAGGCACUAACGCAGCGACUAGGUAGAAUUAUUAAUGGACACAUUGAUCUUGAUAACAGAGGAGUAAUAUUUACUGAAGCUUUUGUAGCUCGACAUAAAGCACGCAUCCGUGGACUGUUCAGUGCUAUUACCCGGCCUACAGCAGUGAAUUCUCUCAUUUCAAAAUAUGGAUUUCAAGAGCAGCUGCUUUACUCUGUGCUUGAGGAACUUGUUAAUAGUGGACGUUUACGAGGUACUGUGGUUGGUGGGAGACAGGAUAAGGCGGUGUUUGUUCCUGACAUUUACUCCAGAACACAGAGUACUUGGGUGGAUUCCUUUUUCAGGCAGAAUGGCUAUCUAGAAUUUGAUGCUUUGUCCAGACUUGGAAUCCCAGAUGCUGUGAGCUACAUAAAGAAAAGAUACAAGACUACACAACUCUUGUUUUUGAAAGCAGCUUGUGUUGGUCAAGGACUUGUAGAUCAAGUGGAAGCAUCAGUAGAGGAAGCCAUCAGCUCUGGAACAUGGGUUGAUAUUGCACCUCUGUUACCCAGUUCUUUAUCAGUCGAAGAUGCUGCAAUGUUGCUUCAACAGGUGAUGAGAGCAUUCAGCAAGCAGGCUUCAGCUGUAGUCUUUAGCGACACUGUUGUAGUCAGCGAAAAAUUCAUAAAUAACUGCACAGAACUGUUCAGUGAACUGAUGCACCAAAAAGCUGAAAAGGAAAUGAAAAAUAAUCCUGUUCAUUUAAUCACUGAAGAAGAUCUGAAACAAGUCUCCAUUUUAGAAAGCAUUAACACAAGUAAAAAGGAUAAAAAAGAUGAACGAAGGAGAAAAGCAACAGAGGGCAGUGGAAGUGUGAGAGGAGGUGGUGGUGGCAAUGCCAGAGAGUACAAAAUUAAAAAAAUCAAGAAGAAAGGAAGAAAAGAAGAGGAUAGUGAUGAUGAGUCAUCUCAUACUGGAAAGAAGAAGCCAGAGAUCACUUUUAUGUUCCAGGAUGAGAUUGAAGAUUUUUUAAGAAAACACGUACAAGAUGCCCCUGAGGAGUUUAUUUCUGAACUUGCCGAGUACUUAAUAAAACCUCUUAAUAAAACUUACCUCGAGGUGGUGCGUUCAGUGUUCAUGUCUUCAACUUCUUCUGCCUCUGGAACUGGUCGAAAGCGCACUAUCAAGGACUUGCAAGAAGAGGUUUCAAACCUGUAUAAUAACAUUCGGCUUUUUGAAAAGGGGGUGAAGUUCUUCACAGAUGAUACACAAGCUACUCUUACAAAGCAUUUGCUGAAGACAGUGUGUACGGAUAUCACUAACCUCAUUUUCAACUUCUUAGCUUCGGAUUUAAUGAUGGCAGUAGACGAUCCUGCAACCAUCACAAAUGAAGUAAGAAAAAAAAUUUUAAGUAAAUUAUCAGAAGAAACCAAAGUAGCUCUCACAAAACUACAUAGCUCUCUGAAUGAAAAGAGCAUAGAAGACUUUCUUUCUUGUCUGGAUUCUGCAGCAGAGGCUUGUGAUAUUAUGGUGAAAAGGGGAGACAAAAAAAGGGAAAGGCAGAUAUUGUUCCAGCAUCGACAAGCACUGGCUGAACAGCUAAAAGUCACAGAAGACCCUGCUCUUAUUCUGCACCUCACAUCAGUCCUUCUGUUUCAGUUCUCAACCCACAGCAUGCUCCAUGCACCUGGAAGAUGUGUCCCACAGAUCAUCGCCUUUCUCAGCAGUAAAAUUCCAGAGGAUCAGCAUACUCUUUUGGUAAAGUAUCAAGGUUUAGUUGUAAAGCAUUUAGUUAGUCAAAAUAAGAAGACUGGCCAGGGAGAUGAUCCUUUGAGUGAUGAAUUAGACAAAGAACAAGAAGAUAUCACCAAUACUACUCGUAAAGAGCUUCAAGAACUUUCUUCAUCCAUUAAAGACCUUGUUCUCAAAUCCAGGAAGUCAUCUAUGACAGAAGAGUAAUGAUCUUAAUUUACUUUUAUCAUAUAGUAUACAUUUUUCCCAAAGUUUAAUAUGGUGAGUGGUUACCACAAAGUGUUCAUUUCACAGUCCUCAGUUCCUCCCAGUAAUGCCCCCAUGCAUACACCCACACACACACAAUUCAGUCUAAACAGUAGUGUUAUAUUCAAUGUAAACCUUAUAAAAAUGUGAAUUUUUAUAAAUUGGGUUCAACCAUGGAAGAUUUCUUUUUCACAAUAUAAUUCUAAAAAUUAACCAUUUCAGUUUUUAUUUUCAGAUGCUAAAUGAAGAAUAAAUUUUCUGAUAUCUUUCAUCUCUAGAAAAGGACUCAUUCGUUGUGUUGUUAGAUUUCAAGUGACAUUAUUAUAUUUAUACCCAUAUUAGGUGGAAACUUAAAAUGUGGCCAUGUGUUUUUUAAAAAGGAAAAAAAAAAACCCUUUGGUGUCAACAAUAAAAAUCGUGUAUUUUAAAAUUAAUAGACAAUGCUUCAAACCUAAAAUACAGAAAUUUGCAGAAGAACUUUUUAUUACUAAGCCCCUGCUUUUAUUUCUGGCAGAUAGAGGGCCUCCCAUUGCCCCCACAGGAGUGAACUUUUAUGUGGUUGACAGUUUCAGGGAUGCCUUUACAGCUGCAGAAAACACCAGAGGGGCCCAUUUAUUGCUAUGGUCUAUUCUAUUCUAAAACAAGACGCUAACAAGAGUGAGAGAAAAAAUAAAAAUUACUUCUUAAGAGAUAUAAAUCACAUUAGAAUAACUAAAAAUGUAAUACAAGUAUUUUUUCUUUAACCCAAUUUGCAUUUCUAAAUGUUAUUUUUUAUAUCAGUAGUCACUCUGACUCCUAAUGCUUUGUUGUAGGAGGAUCUAUAAGUGCAUUGAAGUCAUUGAAACUUUUUUUUUCCAAAAAUGGAAAUCCAUGUAAGAAAAUAGGUAUUCUUGUUUUCUAAAGACUACUAGUAGUUAAAAGUAACUAAAAUAGUUCCUUGGUGUAAUAAUUUCAAGCAAAUGAGUCUUAAGCAACAAUUUAUUAUUAUCAAAAAGAAACUUAUUUUGAAUAUAAUAGUAAGUUAAAUUUCAAAUAUUAAAAAAGUACUAUUUUAUGUAAUUCCUCAUAUGGCAUUUAAAACUUCCUGUUUCAAAAUGUUUGAAUACAAAUAUCAGUCUACCUCUACUCUAAUUCAGACAGAGUGUUAAUAUUGAGUGAAAGAAAUUGAUACAAUUGCUAACUAAACAUUAUUAUUAAAGUUGAUAGGAAUGUAACCUAAAUUUAAAAAUGUUUUUCCACUGGUAAUUUUCUAUUAAUGUAUUUUCAUAUGGGCAAAGGAAGAAAAUGACAAAUCCUCUGUGACCACAAACUCCAGGUAGUUUUUUUAUUCAGCUUUCAAAAUAUUAAAAACAAAACUUAAGGUUUUAUCCAGUCUUUAAGAACUUAUUUAUGUUUCAGCAGAUACCAGAGUAAUCCACAUUUGAUUCAAACUAGGUCAUAAACAAUGAAGCAAAUAAAAUCAUUCUGGCCUUCCUAAUUUGUAGGAAUAAAAAUGGGAGAGACGACCAAGCAAAUAAAAAGAAAACGAUUGUCUUGAUCACAUUAAUUUUUUUUCAUUUAUCAAAAUGGUUCGUAUUUUUCACAGUAAAUAAGAACAAUUUUUAUUGUUUUUGAAAACAAAGUGGUAUAGCUGAUUUUGUAUGUAAAAAUCUAAUCUCACUGAUAAAUAAAAAUUCUUAAAUGUUAUCUACUAUGAUCUUGAUGGGAAGAUUUAAGAGUGUUAUUAAAAAUAAAGUUGCCUAUUUCUGUUAAA